AUGAAAAAAUUGAUAGAAUCUGUUCGCAAAAAUAUAGUUUUGUAUGAUAUGUCUAACCCUAAGUACAUGAAUAUGCAGGUUCUUUACAUUUCAGGAGGAACAUGCAAAGCCAGGUGGAAUAAUAUUAGAGAUACCUACAGGAAAUCUAUGAAAAGAACUGCAACGAAAAGUGGACAAGCAGCAAAGAAGAUUAAGCUGUACAAAUAUUCAAACCAAUUGAGCUUCCUACAAAAGUAUUUGGAUGAAAGGGAAACUUUGAGUAGUUUCAGUAUUGAAGACCAAACUAGUGACACACAGGAGGAGCAGCUCGAAGAUACAACUAAUAUAACUGAUGACGAUGUCCAGACAAUAGAGAUAUUGAGGAAUGAAAGUACCAAGGAACAAAUGCCAACACCAACUAUACAGACACACACAAAAUUAACAUUUCAACUACCUCCAAAGCCUUGUGUGAAAGCCGUGAAGAAAAUAACGAACACCAACACCGAAGAAAGUGCCUCUUCCAAAUUGAUGGAUUUUAUCAUCAAAUAUAAAGAAAAACCUAAACCAGCGGAUCACCCAGUCGAUAUUUUCUUAAAAGCAAUGGCAAAACCAUUAAAAACUCUUUCGCUGUAUAAUUGGCAUUUGGCCAAAUCAGAAAUAUUUAGCGUUGUUCAAAAAUAUGAAAUGAAAACACUCACCGGACAACUACAACCGUAUGACAUUGCCGGUAGUUCUAUAAACCUUCAACACUCUUCAACGCCUUCUCCUUCAACAGUAUAA